AUGGCGUCGACUACUAAGCCCGUCAUCCCUCCGGUGACGCUGGACUCCAUCACCCAGAACAUCGGCAACACCCCUUUGGUCCGCCUGAACCGUCUGCCCCGCAGCCUGGGAAUCGAUGCUACCGUCUACGCCAAGUGCGAGUACUUCAAUGCUGGUGGCAGUGUGAAGGAUCGCAUUGCCCUACGCAUGAUUGAGGAGGCUGAGCGCGAGGGUCGCAUUAAGCCGGGUGAUACUCUUAUCGAGCCGACAAGUGGCAACACUGGUAUCGGUCUGGCGCUGGUUGGUGCCGUCAAGGGCUACAAGACCAUCAUCACCCUUCCCGAGAAAAUGUCCGCCGAGAAAGUCGCCGUUCUCCGCGCCCUCAAUGCAACCAUCAUCCGUACUCCCAACGAGGCCGCUUACGACUCCCCCGAGUCCCACAUUGGUGUCGCUAAGCGCCUGGAGAAGGAAUUGCCUAAUGCUCACAUCCUCGACCAGUACGGCAAUGUGAACAACCCCAAUGCUCACGAGUUUGGCACCGCCCAGGAGAUCUGGACCCAGACCAACGGUCAGAUCAACGCUGUCGUGGCCGGCGCGGGUACUGGUGGUACUAUCACAGGUAUCGCUCGUGGCCUGAAGAAGCACAACCCCAACGUGGAGGUCAUCGCGGCCGAUCCCCACGGCUCUAUUCUGGCCCUGCCUGCGGCUCUCAACGAUCCCCACGCCAAUGAGCCUUACAAGGUUGAGGGUAUUGGUUAUGACUUCAUUCCCGAUGUGCUGGACCAGAAGAUCAUCGACCGCUGGUACAAGACUGGUGAUAAGGAAUCUUUCCAGUACUCGCGCCGUUUGAUCGCCGAGGAAGGUCUGCUUGUUGGUGGUAGCAGUGGUAGCGCCAUUGCUGCGUUGGUGCAUGCCAACGAGGAGCGCAAGUUCUCCAAGGACGAUGUGGUUGUCGUUGUGCUCCCUGAUAGCAUCCGCAGCUACCUCUCCAAGUUCGCCGACGACGACUGGCUCGCCGCCAACGACCUCCUCCCUACGCUCCCCACCGAGCCCGCCAAGACUCAGCAGCCCCCUGUUACUGCUGACCCCCUGGCUGGCGCCAAGGUCAGCGCUCUCCGUCUGAAGCCCAUCACCGCCGUGACCUCCACCUUCGCCUGCGAAGCCGCCAUCGAGAUCAUGCGUGACAAGGGCUUCGACCAGCUGCCGGUCCUUGCCCCCUCUGGUCGCCGCCUCGUCGGUCUGGUCACCCUGGGUAACGUUCUCAGCCGCCUGACUCACGGCCGCGCCACCGGCAAGAGCCCUGUCUCCGAGGUCAUGUUCGACUUCUCCAAGAUCCCGGAGGUUGUCACCGACCCCCGCGCUCUCGGCCGCUCCGCUGGCGCUGGCGCUCGUCGCCAGUUCAUGGAGAUCACCUUGGAUACUCCCCUCACCGUGCUGAACCGCUUCUUCGAGUGGAACAGUGCCGCCGUGGUCACUGAGAAGGACGAGAGCGGUGCGCUGAAGCCGUUGGCCGUUGUGACCAAGGUCGACCUGCUCACUUGGAUGCUGCACAACGGCAAGGCCAACGGCGCUUAG